CCCCCCUUAACCUAGAAAUGCAUCACCAAAACUCAAAUCAAAAACCGCAGUCCAAAGAGCAACCAGAAGACCCCAAAAAUGAUGAACGAUUACGGACCCAUAUCGCCGCCGCCGCCCAACAAUCUGAAGGAGAACCGCCACCGAUCGAUGUGCCUCCCUGUGUGCUUCUCCAGCUCCACGCAUCCAUUCGACGUUUUGGACGACGACGACUACCCCAGGACACCGCGGUCGCCGAGGAUGCCGGAGCUCAGGGACCGCUGCCGGAAUCUCAUUUCAAAAAUCGGAGGACACAGGCGCCGGAGGGCGGCGUCGGCCGACUUCAGCUACGACGCGUACAAUUACUCGCUCAAUUUCGAGGACGACACCUCACGCGCCGACGAUAUUAUUCACCGGUCGCGGCUGCCCCCCUCCGCCUCCGGGAGCCUGACCCCGCCGGAGAAGUCGACCACGAGCCGGCAUAUUCUGGACGACGUUAUCCUGGAGGAGGAUGAGUACAACCGGAGCUGGAGGCGGUCGGCGCCGGAGAAGGUACCGAAGAGCCGGAACACGGUGUCGAGGAUCGGACUGCGGGGGCGGAACCGCCACUCGUCCACGUCGGCCGAUUUCAGCUACGAGCCGUCGAGCUACGCGCUCAAUUUCGAAGAUGAUAGCAGCAAAGCCGACGAGCUUGGGCCUGAUAAUGGGUUCAUGGCGCGUUUGCCGCACUCGCCGACGUGUGAGAGGUCGACGACAACGAAUCCACCUGCAAAGUGUUCGGCGCUUCGGCCGGGGAUUUCGGCCUUUAGCUGAGAAUAGAACACGACGUGCGUUUGUUGAUAAACAUGAAUCCCAAUGGAUUAAAACGCAGUCGUUUUGGCGCUCUGAGGAACGGGCUGAACAGAACAGCCCAUCAGGAUUAGGACUCGGUUACCAGUCUUUUUGUACGGAUUAAGCUACAGUUUCAAUUUUGCGGCUUUCAACAUGGUCUUGUAUUCCAUCCACAAUUCCUUUUUUUUUUGUCGAAGUAGAAUUUCAACUAGUUGAAUCAACAUCCAUGAGAUGUACUGUUCUUUAUUCUUCUGUGUUUGUUGAGAGAUGCAUCGCAUAUGAUCGAGCGGUAUAGAAGCUCUUACCAUUCUCAUUAACAUUA